AUGGAAGGGGGGUGGCCCACUGGAGGCAGACUCCUGCUCUGCCUCGCUGUCAGCCUCCUGCUUCAAGGAAAAGGUGACACUUUCACCAUCAAUUGCUCAGGCUUUGACCAGCUUGGGGUGGAUCCUGCUGCCUUCCAAGCAGCGUUUGACAGAAAGACCUUUCGCCCAGUCAUCAACUAUAGCAACCCCACUCAAGUCAACAUCUCCUUCACCCUGUCUGCCAUCCUGGAAGUGGAUGCACAGCUCCAGCUUCUGACAUCCUUCCUGUGGAUUAAUUUGAUAUGGGACAAUCCUUUCAUUAGUUGGAACCCAGAAGAGUGUGUUGGCAUCCAGAAACUUACUGUAUCAGCAGAAAACCUGUGGAUCCCAGAUAUCUUCAUUUUGGAAGCCAUGGAUGUGGAUCGGGCACCUUCAGGUCUCUCCGCAUAUGUCAACAGUGAAGGUCGAAUAAGGUAUGAUAGGCCAGUGCGAGUGACCAGCAUCUGUAACCUGGACAUCUUCUACUUCCCUUUUGACCAACAGAACUGCACUUUCACCUUCACUUCCUUCCUCUACACAGUGGACAACAUGCUUCUGGGCAUGAACAAAGAAGUGUGGGAGAUAGCAGACACGUCUCGUGACAUCCUUCAGACCCAGGGAGAGUGGGAGUUCCUGGGCAUCAACAAGGCCACCCCGAGGCUGUUGGUGGGCAACAGUGUAUAUGACCGGAUCAUAUUCUAUGUGGCCAUCAGGCGCAGACCCAGACUCUAUGUCAUAAACCUUCUGGUGCCCAGUAGCUUUCUGGUUGCCAUCGACGCCCUCAGCUUCUACCUGCCAGCAGAAAGCGGGAACCGCGCCCCAUUCAAGAUAACCCUUCUGCUGGGCUACAACGUCUUCCUGCUCAUGAUGAAUGACUUACUCCCUGCCAGCGGCAGCCCCCUCAUCAGUGUCUACUUUGCUCUCUGUCUGUCCCUGAUGGUGCUCAGCCUGCUGGAGACCAUCUUCAUCACCUACAUGCUGAACCUGGCCACCACCAAGCCCCCACCCAUACCCCCGUGGCUCCAUUCCCUGCUUCUGCACUGCACCAGCCCAAUGAAAUGCUGUCCCACUGCUCCCCAGAAGGGAAACAAGGACCUGGGCCUCACCCCUGCCCACCUGCCUGGUCUGAAGGAGCCUGUGGAGUUUGUGGGGAAGGUGCCAAGUCCCCAAGAGGCAGAGUUAAACGGGUCUCCUGGGUCAGCAAGGGGCCAGCAGGAAGACAAAGCUCAACAGCAGCACUUAGUCAGCCUAUGGGUGCAGUUCAGCCACAUGAUGGACACCCUGCUGUUUCGCCUCUACCUGCUCUUCAUGGCCACCUUUGUCAUCACGGUCAUCGUGCUCUGGAACACCUAGAUGGACAUCCACAUCCACCUCUCCCUGCAAACCACAGUUUGAGUUUCUCCUUGCCUUAGAGCCAGCCAGGCUCUGGCCUCUUUCCUAAUCUUAGCCACUUAUCCCCAGUGACUAUCGUGUCCUCUUCUAUAUUCCCAAAACUUCAACGCAGCCCUUCCGAGUAGGUUUGGCACAGCCGUGUCCUUCUCAUAUACCACGGUCCUCAUUCCUGCACACUGUUAGUGUCCCUCUGCCACACCUGACUUCUGACCCCUUUAUUAACAGAGGUCCAGAUCAGUGGAGUCUCUCCUUGAUUGACUGUCCCAAUAAAUAACUUUCUAGGAAGUGGUGGCCCCUCAGUACAUUUAUGAUAGGUCCACAAACACUGAGGUGAUACUUCACCCUAAACAGGUGUAACAUGAUUUGAUUUUAAGUUUUUCAGACACUUUCAGAGUUUAAAAGAAU